AUGAAAAUACUUGGCAUCACAUUUAACAAAAAACUCACCUGGGCACAACAUGUAAAAAAUCUUAAAAAUAGUUGCCUCAAAAGAACCAAUAUGUUGAAAAGCCUGGCAUGUAAGAGCUGGGGAGCCGAUAGAGACGCCCAAAUAACCACAUAUAAAGCAUUAGUGAGAUCGAAAAAAGACUAUGGAUCCACGAUAUACGGCUCAGCAAAUAAAAGUAUCCUAAACAUAUUAAACCCCAUCCAAUCCUCUUGCCUACGAAUUAUCUCGGGUGCCUUUAGAACCACUCCUACAUCCAGCCUACAAAGCGAGCUAAACGAGCCCCCAUUGCAUAUUAGACGCAAACUGCUGGAUGUAACAUACGCUCUCACAGUCUUAUCCACCCCAAAUAACCCCACCAGCAAAUAUGUUUUACCAAAGAACCGCUCAAACAACACCAAUAAGAAGAAACACUGCCCCAAGCCCAUAUCAUCAAGAAUACAGAAGACUCUACACGAACUAAACAUGACCCUCCCAAAUGUCGAAAACCGCAACCCGUUCCCCUACCCCCCUUGGAUUUCCAUUAACACACCCACUCUAUCACUCUUCGAAAAAUACAAGAAAAAAGACACUAAUAGCGAAACACUCAACACCAUACUCCACGACUAUAUUAACCAAAACAACUCUAUUCCCGUCUAUACGGACGGAGCCAAAACAAAUACCUCUUGUGGCUGUGCAUUUGUUACAGAAAACAAUGUUUUCACCAAAAGACUACCGAGCAGUUUCUCCCCGUUAUCCUGUGAAACCCAAGCAAUACUACAUGCCUUAACCUACAUCCUUGAAUCAGAUAAAGACAGAUUUACCAUAUUCACUGACUCCGAAGCCGCGAUCGAAAAUAUCAGCAAAUGGUCACAAUAUUACACCAUCCAAUCUAUACAAAAAAUGAUCGUAGAAAUACAAAACAAGGAGAAGUAUUUUAAACUAAUAUGGAUCCCCAGCCAUUCCGGCCUUGUUCGAAAUGAAGCUGCCGAUAAAGCCGCUAAGGAAGCUUGCAAAAUACCGUACUGGGACGACAGAUGUAAAAUCAAUCUACCAGAUGUAAAAACUUUAGUUAAAAAAUUAAUCAUGAAUUUAUGGAACACCAACUGGAACACCGGCACCCCAACGAAACUACACAAGAUAAAAUCGAAUGUUCACGAAAUACCAAAAUACCCUCCGAUGUCUAGAAAAGAACAAGUUGCAAUCACCCGCAUUCGCACAGGCCACUCAAGAUAUACACACGAUUUUCUCAUAAGAAAAGACAACCCACCCGAAUGCAACCUAUGCAACACACAAAUAACCAUCCAGCACAUUAUACUCGAAUGCCCAAAGUUCUCCCCGGAAAGAAACCGAUACUCCAUUAAGAGUGACUUGAAGACAAACCUAAAUGAAGCAAAUAACAUCGGAAACGUCCUUCUCUUCUUCAAAGACAUCAAUCUACUCGACGAGUUGUAG